AUGCGUGUGACUCCUCACGCCCAGGACACGGGCGGCUUCUACGUGGCGCUUAUCGAAAAAGUGUCGGAGACCAACUUCGAGCCGAGCGCGGCCAAGUCAGUUUUUCGUUUUUUUUUUUAAAUCGAUUUUCCAUAAAAUGCUCCGUUCUUGCAGUGGUCCGGCAUGGAAAAAGAAGAAAAUGUUCAAGGACGAGCCGUUCACUUUCCUGAAAUUGGACGACGAGCGAUGGAACGACAUUCGGUACACUUUUCGUUUUAGGAUUUCAUAAUAGUGUUAUUGACAUUUCCUUCCGGUUUUUGAGUCAAUUUCGAGUGGAAAAGAGCAGCGAUGUCAGCAGAAUAAAUACAGUUUUAGCAAGAAUUACAAUUUUUCAGUUCGCACUACGGAAUCGACACCUCGUUCGAGUACCAGAAUCUGUUCAGUCGCCGUCUCGAAACGAACGAUGCGAACAGCCGACAGCUGUUCUUUGCCAAUGACGCCGUCAAAAAUUUCGUGGUAAUUUUCACAAUUUGCAAGAGACGCACCCGUUUCUCUUCGUUUUCAGUGCUAUUUCUCUCAAUUUUCCGCCUAAUUUUUGCAGAAAGAGAACAUGACGAAGGUGUCGAUCCAGAAUGCGGGAAUGAAGAUGUUCAGUCGGACGGAGGGCAAGGUCGAGUCGACGAGAUUCCGUCUCUCGCAGGAGGGAAUUCGCUAUCUGUUCAAGUUUAUGAACAAACAGAAAGUGAGGAUCGGCGCCGAGGACAUGCUCAAAAUGCUAAAGUCCGAGGAGAAUCUGGUGCCGCUGGAGACGUUGACGUGCAAAACGGACGUCCGGCAGCAGCAGAACGGCACCGUCGUCGUCUUUUGUGAAGAGGACGAGCCCGUCUGCACCUGGGUACGCUUUCAACCCCAAACAUUAAGCAAUUGGUUUCGAAUCCAUUUGUGCUGAAAAUGCAAAAAAAAAAUUAGUAAAUUCAUUUUUGUGCCAAACUCUAUGUUAAUUUUGCAGGUCGGCUACCACACAAUCGCGCCGUACAUUUCGAAAGAAGAACGCCUCCAUUUACUGCGAAUGAUGGGCGUCGAUUGUGCCGAAAUCGAGUUGCUCAUGAAGAGCAAGAGAAAGGAAAAGGUAGGCUAACCGCUGGCCGCCUCCGGUUUCGUUAAUCGAACAUUUAUAGUAGAAACUUAUUUAACGUAUUUCAGGCCGCCCAGGACCGUGAAGCGGCGUGGGCUCGCAAAGAGGAAGAAGCGAAGGCGUCCGGAGAGCCGUCCACGUCCACAAAUGCUCCAGAAUCGUCAUCAGAAUCGCCAGAAGCCGCCGAGAGCUCCGAAGAGCCGAAAGAAGAGAAAAUGGAGGAAGAAGAGACCUGUCAACUAUAA